UCAUGUAAAUCUUGUUUUAUAGAUGAAUAAAUACUCAUUUAUUGCCUGACUAAAUACUGUAUAGUGCAGUACAGCAUUUAUUGUUUCCUUACAGAAAAAGGAUUUGUGGUUUGAGCCAUACAUAUCAAUGAAUGGAUUUUACUUGAAAUAAAAACUUUGAAAUGGAGCUGUGUUCUGAGGUCUACAAAGCAAUACCAGUUGGAGAGAAGACUCUACCACUGGGAGGGCCUGAUCUGAUCACACUAUGGUCCCCUGCUGCUGAAGCUGCAAUAAUCACUUCCAUAAUAGUGCCACACUUGUGUGCAGGUCUCGAUUUAAGAUUCUGAAUUGUCAGUGUUUUCUAAAGUGAGUUACAGUUUGGAGUUUUAAUGUGGUUGAGUGGAUUUCGCGAUAGAAAAUUUGCAUCAACAUUAAUUAUUUUACAAGUGUGCGUAACUGGCAAUUAUUUUAACCAGUGCAUGUGCAUCAGCGGUAACAAAAUAAUUAGCAUACAUGUAGUGUCAUUUAGAAUUGAUUCUGAUACAACAGUUUAAUAUUUGUGAAAUGUGAUAGGGUUAAAAUGGAUAUUUUUUGUCUGAGGAAUUAUUCUUUUAUCAAUAACCCUUACAUCAGGGAGUCGGUGAUUAAGGCCUUAAAUUGUCUGUGAGCUAGAUAUGAAGUCCAUAUUUCCUGGAUGAAUUGAUGUUUGUUUUUCCCCUGGUACAUAAAUAAGGAGGUCAGUAAUCUGGAAUAGAUGCAGAAUUAUUUGGCAUGGAAUAAGAAGUAAAUAAUCACCAUAUUGUAGCUGGAAAUAGUCAAGAAAAGGUCAGGAUUUCAAGAAUUCAUUUACAAAUUAUUUCCCAGUGACAGUGGACAAAAACUUCUGCAAUCAUGAUUGACCACAGUGACCUCGUUGCCGAGAUAAAUCAGGUCGAGAAAAUGACGACCCCCGAGCGGCUCAAACACGCGAAAAAGCGUCGGGCGCAGCAGUUGAAGGCGUUUGCAAACUACGAGAAACAGUUGGAGAAAGACAAGAACAAGAAGAACAAACAGUCUCAAAGCCAGAAGCAGCGAUCAAAUCGUAAGAAGGGAGGCGUGCGAUUCAUACACAACAUCAUGCUUUUAGAGGCGGCAGCGAGGAAUGACAUAGAAGAAGUUCGGAAACUGCUUAUGAGUGGAGUAAGUCCCAAUGUGACCAACGAAGAUGGACUCACUGCACUUCAUCAGUGCUGUAUCGAUGAUAGUGAAGUAAUGCUCAAGCUGCUGAUGGAGUUCGGUGCCAACGUUAAUUCCCGGGACAGCGAGAUGUGGACGCCCCUGCACGCUGCAGCCACCUGUGGACAUGUUCACCUGUGUAAACUGUUGAUAGAGAAAGGAGCAGAGCUGCUGGCAGUCAACGCAGAUGGGAACAUGCCCUACGAUAUCUGUGAGGAGGACGUGUGUCUGGACUUCAUAGAAACAGAGAUGGCCAAACGAGGAAUAACACAGGAGGAAAUAGAUGAGAAGCGGCUAGAAACAGAACGCAAAAUGUUGAAGGAUUUGAAACGAAUUGCAGCUGAAAAAGGCAACCUUGAAUACAGAGAUAAAAACUGGGCCACACCACUGCACGUGGCCGCUGCUAACGGGUACCUGGAGGUGGUGGACUUCCUGCUGAAUGAGCACGUGUCUCUGGAAGUACGGGAUGAGGACGGGUGGCUGCCAAUACACGCAGCCGCAUGCUGGCUUCAGCCAGAGGUGAUAGAUUUACUGGUAAAGAAUGGCUGUGAUAUUGAUGCCAAAACCCGGACAGGGGAUACACCAUUUGAUUUGGCUGAGGACCCUGAUGUCAAACAGAAGAUUCUAGAUCUGAAAGAUGAAAUGGAGAGCCAUCGAGCAUCAAAAUCAAAAGACCACAUACGUAACAGACGGCCGAUCAAUACAAGAGGUGCGUCAAUACGGCGUACGUCCAUGCGCAAUGAGAAGAAGCCACUGUUCAGGAAAGAGGCCCAGGAGGAGGCCAAACACUUCGGCAUGAUCAGCAACGACCAGGAGGCCUUGGACCUCAUUGAUGACGAUGAACUGAUCCCUUCUACCAGUAUAGACGACGUAAAUAUCAGCAUAAUAGACGACAUCUCAGAAAAGCAUCAGAGGGAAUCCCCUGAGAAAAACAAGGUCAGCAAAACAGAUUUCUCAAAACCAGACAAGGUGGUUUCUCCUAGCACUGAAAAGCAGAAAGUCGACAAAACUGAUACCUCAAAACCAGACAAGGCACUCUCCCCUAGCACAGAGAAACAGAAGAUAAACAAAACAGAUUCUGCAAAACCAGACAAGGCCAUUUCGCCUAGCAACAAAAACACAAAAGUUGUUCAAUCAAAGGAAUCCCCCAACGCAAAGAACGCCUCACCCGACAACAGGCGUGCUCAAUCGCAAAGUAUGACACACAAAAAUCAUUCUUCAGACUCAGAGAAGCAGAGAUCAGACCCACCGGGUAAAACCGAUCACAAAACGGAGCACAAUCGAGAGCCAAUACAUGUGCAGAUGGGUCAUGCGGACUCAGGGGGUAAAUCUCUGCAGAUGGAGGAUAAACAAAAAGACUCUUUGAGUAAGCCUUCUCCUGGGGGACAGGAUGAGACAAGUCCACCAUCGGGGACGGCUGGGAAUCCUCAGCUGAGGCAUUUACAGACUGAAGGGGAAGGGAAGCCCGUUGUUAGAACGGCAUCGUUUCAGAAGAAGCGGGAAUCCCAGAGACUUCGCAGUCUGGAGAACCAUUUGGCCACCACAGCGGAAGGUGAUGAGUCUGGGAGGUACACCAGUGGGACAAACACUGGAACACUGGCGGAUUUGAAGAAACAACGUUUGGAGCAGCACAAGUUUGGAUCAGGGACGGAAGGAAUGGUGGCAAACUUGUUCCUGACAAGUUUGUCGACGGACCCACGCAAAUACAGUUCUGGCACGCCAAGUUCCACUUCAGCCCCGCCCAGCAAGGAUAAGGUUCAAAAUGGACGUAGCCCCAGAUCCAAUAAUAACAAUAACAACAAUGGCCAGUCACGACCGCCCACAUUUAUUUCAGAUAACGGACCUUUACGGAGAUUUAGUGCGCCCGCUUCGGCACCUGUUAUCGGAGAAGAUGACAAGUUCAAAAACGAUUGUUGCGUAAUUUUGUGAUGAGCUAUUUCGAUGCAUUCCAAUAUUCAUACAUUUGUGUUGCUUGCAAUAUACAUUAGAGUUAGGGAGGUGUCAUAAAUAAUAAAUGGUUGCAGAUAUUUUAGCUGUUUAAUUGUACAUUUAUUUUAGUAUGAUUUCUUAAAAUAUAAAAUUUAUAAUAUAAAAAAAUGUGUCAGUUGUAAACCUAUACAAAAGUCUAUGUUAUACGCAUUCCAUGGCAAAAAUCAGAAUUUGACAUUACAUGUACAUGUCAGUUUGUCAAAUGAAUUAUGAAAGUGGCAAUAACUAUUUUUGCUCAGUCAUUUUUGUUUAACUGAAAAUGUUAUCCAUUUCAAAGGUUUAGAAUUAAACAUAUUGUAUGCUUAUGAAAUAACUGUUAGUUGAAUAAUGGAACAAUAAAUUGAAACGAGCUAAAAAAUUAAAAAAAAUCUACAUAACUAAAAAGUCAUACUCAGAAUACAUCUACUACUAGUGAUUUGUCUCAACCCCGCACAGUUGGAUGGUAUUUUAAUCUUAAUUUUUAUAAGAUUUAUCUAAGCCGCUUUGACCAGUCCAAGGUCGGGGACAAAUAAAAAACAUCAAUACUUUUGAGUCCUCAUAAUUUUGCUACUGUAAAUGUUUCUGAUUUUCUCUUGUAGAAAUAAAUAAACAGAAAUAAGAUUCUUCAUUGUACUUAAAUACAUAAAGCAGCAUGGACAGCAUUUAUUCAGUUUUAUAAUUUACAUUUAAAUGCUUAUGAUAAAAAUUUAAUUUUACACAUGGAUGUUUAUAAUAACAGCAUGGGGUUUAUAAAAAACAAACUGUUGUUACACAUUGCAUAAUAUUAAAAUGUAAAUGUGUUCAAUUGUGUUAUGAAAUAUUUUAUAAAGGAGAUCUGCAUUUUAUUUUAUAUAUUGUCAUGCUUCUAAUUACAAAUAUAUGUGAUAAUAUUUGUUUUCUUUUCUCUUGGCAAAAUUAUGAACCAUUUAUAAGUCUAUUCUGUUAUUUUUAUAUGAAAAAUGUUGAUAUACAGGUGAUUAGAACAAUUUAUAUCAACAUUUAGAACUGUAUGUAGGGUAAUUUAUUAAUGUUUAGGCAGAAUUUAAAAUAGAAGAUUAUACCGUAUUGUUUUAUAUUUCAAACAUGUUAGCUAAAUUUUAAAUAAUUUUUUUCUUUUAGUUCAUACUGAUAAUAAAUUAUGUUCUUGUUAUUAACGCUUAAGUUGGAGUUUAUUUUGUCUUUGUGGUAAUGCCAUGCAAUCCAAAACACUUUCUAUGUAAUUGGGUGUCUUUUUAAUGUUAUCUUCAAAGUUAGUUUUAAUAUAUAAUAAAUUCUAUAGUUAUUAACGAUGUAAGUUGUAGUUGUUUAAAGAAAAAUUGCGUACAGUUUUAUAUGUCACUCAGUUGAAUCGACGAAAAUUGUUAAAUUAACAUUUACAUGUCAAUUCAGCAUUUAUAAAUAUAAAUUUCAUGUAACAAUUUUUCAAUGGAACUUCCAAAGAACCAUCUUAGUUUGUCAGCACAAAACAUUCAUGUUGACAACAGAUAGUGAAUAACUUCUGUUUUAUUUUCUUUAUUGGAUGAAUGUGUUUCCAUAUAACAGGUACUAAUAUUCUGAUCACUAUUGUAUUUAUAACCACACUUCCUCUGGUCAGUCUCUGACAAAUAACACGUACAGUAAAUAAUUGUUUACAUCUACGACAAAUAAUAAAGUCCAGGCUUUCAGUGACUUAACUCCUGUCUAUUAAAGGGACUUGUUCACACAUUUUGGCAUGUUUUGAAGAUUGUCAUUAAAAUGAUACGAGUUUCAAUACAAAACAAAGAAAAGAAAAAAAGUCAUCCACACCACAGCUCGUACCACUGACUCUUGGAGUCAUCCACACCUAAGCUCAUACCACUGACUCUUGGAGUCAUCCACACCUAAGCUUGUACCACUGACUCUUGGAGGUCAUCCACACCACAGCUCGUACCACUGAAAGACCAGCACUUAAAUCACUCGGCUAUCCGUGCUGACAUGUUACUUUUGUAGUUUCUACUUAAUAUCAGCAAUUCCAAAUUAAACAACUGUUUAGCGCUUGUAACGCUGUAUAAUUUUAAAGUUUGUUAAUCACCAAAAGAUGCAUAUAAUGCAUAUUUUAGAGCAUGGUAAAUGUUCAGUAUUACUGUUCUUGCAAAAAACAUAACUACACUGAAAAUUUGCAAAUCUGAAACAUUUCUUUUCAAUUGUGUCAUUUAUCAAAACGUGAAAGGGUCCCUUAAAGUCCUGUCCAUCAAACUUAUGCCUUUAUCUGAUUCUAGAUCGAAGUAAUAAGAAAUAGUCUGGACAGAAAUGUAUUAGAGCCUUGCUCUGGGAGAACUGGGCUUGAAGCAUUUGCAUAGUGUCUUCCUAGAUUAGCAUGUGAAGUCUGCACAGUCUUUGGGAGAACUGGGCUUGAAGCAUUUGCAUAGUGUCUUCCUAGAUUAGCAUGUGAAGUCUGCACAGCUCUGGGAGAACUGGGCUUGAAGCAUUUGCAUGGUGUCUUCCUAGAUUAGCAUGUGAAGUCUGCACAGCUCUGGGAGAACUGGGCUUAAAGCAUUUGCAUAGUGUCUUCCAAGAUUAGCAUGUGAAGUCUGCACAGCUCUGGGAGAAC